UGAGAAUGGAGAAACGGCACCACAGCUUGGCUUCAGCCGCCUCACUUGUAAAUAUCUAAACCCCACGCAUCACCAACUCAUACACCACGCAUAAAAACUUGUACCUUAUCCUCCACUCUCCAAUUCCAUCUUUAAAACAAACCACGCGCCUUACCAGCACGUGGCCAACUCUUCCGUAUCAUUUCAUCGCUGUUGACUUUGAAAAAAGUUGAACAUAAGAACCCGCCAACGAAGUUUUUCCUUCUUCUUCUAAUCUCAUUUCUAUAUAAAAUUCGAAAUCACAGCACGUAUAUUCUUAUUCAUAAUUAUUCUCUGCUUUAUUUGAUCUAUCUGUAAAGCAAUCAUAAGAUCUGUAAUUUUAGCUGUUCAAAACCAGUAUUUGAAUCUCAAUUUGUUGCAUAUUAUUAGCACACAAAAAGUUCUAGGGUUUGAUUAUCAGAUAUGGCACAGAAGGGUGGAGGAUUCUUCUCGUCGCUUGCUUCAAGUUUGUCCAAUUUUAAGAGCCAGGUUAACUUUAUGCUUGGUUAUGAGGGACUGGAGGUGAUAAAUCCGGAAGGAGGGACGGAAGAUGCUGAAGUUGAAGCACAAAAAGGGAGAUGGAAACAUGAGGAUCGUGACAGUCACUGGAAAAUGAUGCAGAAGUAUGUAGGUGCUGAUAUCACAUCCAUGGUUACUCUACCCGUGCUCAUUUUUGAGCCAAUGACAAUGCUGCAGAAAAUGGCAGAGUUGAUGGAAUAUUCCCACCUGCUAAAGCUAGCAGAUGAAUGUGAGGAUCCACACAUGCGGUUGGUGUAUGCAGCGUCCUGGUUUAUAUCCAAUUAUUAUGCUUUGCAACGAACCUGGAAGCCUUUCAAUCCAAUUCUUGGUGAAACCUAUGAAAUGGUUAAUCAUAAUGGAAUCACAUUUAUUGCAGAGCAGAUUAGCCAUCAUCCCCCAAUAAGUGCUGCACAUGCUGAAAAUGAUCAUUUUGUUUACGAUAUAACUUCAAAAGUGAAGACCAAGUUUCUUGGCAACUCGGUUGAUGUAUAUCCUCUUGGAAGAACACGGUUGAAGCUGAAGAAAGAUGGAGUAAUCCUAGAGUUGGUGCCCCCUCCCACAAAGGUUAACAACCUAAUAUUUGGAAGGACAUGGGUUGACUCUCCAGGAGACAUGGUGUUGACCAACUUGACCACAGGAGACAAAGUCGUUCUAUACUUUCAACCCUGUGGUUGGUUUGGUGCUGGCCGCUAUGAAGUGGAUGGAUACGUAUAUAAUGCUGCUGAAGAACCAAAGAUAUUGAUGACAGGAAAAUGGAACACAUCUAUGAGCUAUCAGCCUUGUGAUUUGGAUGGGGAACCCCUUCCAGGCACUGACCUUAAAGAGGUUUGGAGAGUUGCCGAGGCUCCAGCAAACGACAAGUUUCAGUAUACGCAUUUCGCACAUAAAGUAAACAGCUUUGAUACAGCACCAACAAAUUUACUGGCAUCAGAUUCUCGCUUGCGGUCAGAUAGAUACGCACUUGAGAAGGGUGACAUGUCUAAAGCUGGUUCCGAAAAGAGCAUUCUGGAGGAGAAGCAAAGGGCUGAGAAGAGGACUCGUGAGUCAAAGGGUCAGAAAUUUGUUCCACGAUGGUUUGACAUGACGGAAGAGACCUACGUGACACCUUGGGGUGAUUUGGAGAUCUGCGAGUACAAUGGGAAGUAUUCUGAACACAGAGAUGCUGUUGGUAACGCAAACACGAAUGAUGCUGACAUCACGAAGAUAGAAUUCAACCCUUGGCAAUAUGGUAAUGUUGCUGAAGCUGAGUGAGGUGGAUGGCUUUCAGUUUCAUAUUUAUCUAUGUUACAUGUUCUUGUACACCUUGUUAUUUUAUUUAUUGUUUAAAAUCUUUACUUGCAUGAAGCUGAAAUGUCGAAUUUUGGUUACGUUGCAAUUGGGUUUUGUAACAGUAGUGAUAUUUGCAACUGUUUUUUUCAAGUGAUA